AUGUCUCAUGGUGCGACCAGCACCAGCAGCAACAUGGCGUUCACCAACACUUCGCGAUCGUUUAAUAGCAUGAACACCACGACGAAUAAGAAGAGCACGAACGGCACAAUCAGAGCAACAGUCAACCCAUGGGGUUCUAACAGCAUUUGGGCAUCGACCACUGGCAUGAUGACCAACGGCCUGACAUCGGACGCGACCCUUCGAGACAACUCAGUGUCGCGUGUCACUACACAGACGGAGGAGCCUGAGGCUAAGACUGGCUCUGGCUCUCUCGUCGACUCCUCCGUCUCGGAAGACUGGGUCAACCGCAAUGCUUGGGCAUCAAAAGCUCGCCACCACACUCUCGGACGAUCGAUGCAGCCCAACGGACGAUUUGCAGACAACUCACUGCAGCCGCAGCGAAGUGCCAGCAACGCGAACACCACCGCCACCAUGCCGUUCAGCCAGAACCAAAUGCCAUACGCAACGCGUGCUCCAGCAAUCAGUCUCAACGCAACCACGCUACCUGCAACCCGCCAGAGCUUCAGCAAUGGAUUCAGCAACGGUCUGUCCGGACGAGGUGACGAGCCUCCACACAUUUACACGAAGUUCAACCGACCCAGUGACCCUGCCAUCAAGACGAAGCCAGAUUCUGCCGUUGGCGGAAGCGCAGGAUGGGGUGAUCAGAAUACUCCAUCUCCCAUUGACGAACGCCGCACUCAAUUUCCCUUCCAUCGCACCACAAGCGGUCCAACCUCAAGAGACAACAGUCUGCCACCAUCGCGACAUUCAGAUGUAGAGCCACCUUCAUUCUCACGCGUUGACUAUUCGCGGCAGUCUCAACGACCAUCAACGAACAGCUCGCGCGCACCAUCGAUCUCGUCGCAGCGUAAUGGUGGCUACGGCAUGUACAUGAACGGCGGUGAUCAGCUUGCAAUGCAGUUCGGGCAGAUGAACAUGAACGGAGACAGUCGUCCCAGCACCUCGUACAGACCAAUGCCUUCAUCGAAUGGAUACAACGGCUACAGUACUUCGAGCAUGUCGCGUUCAUCCUGGCAGACGAACAAUGGCCUUGCUCGACCACAGGACUCGGACGACUACGAUCGACAGAACAUGAGCUUCCUUGGCGUCGAAGAAACCACACCGCGACAGACUGAUUUUCUCUCAGCAUACGAGAUCCCGGCACUCGCCGCGAGACGUUUGCAAAGCAGUGCCUUCGACUUCAGGCCUGGACAGCCGUACAAUGGGAAUGGUUUAUCUCAGCGCGCUUUCGAACAGCAAGGAGUUCCGCGGGGAUCCGACUGGCAGAACUCUAGCAACGGCUCGCUUGCCAUGAAUCGUCGAACACCUGUUGUUCCUGAACAGCAAGCAUACCUUGACCCACGCACACGCCAGCUCAUGGCUGCCCCGCUACCGGUCCAGAGUCCCUAUGCGGCUACAAUGUACGAUCAGUACGGAUUCCCAGCCGCCAUGCAAUACGCCGGUAUUCCUCCAUACAUGAACAUGAUGCCCAUGUGUAUACCUGGUAUCGAUGUUCCAAAUGGCGCACGUGAGGACCCUUCCGGCGAUGGCGUGCAGAGUGCGCUCAUGUAUGAGUUCAAGUCCAACACCAAGACGAAGCGCUACGAGCUUCGUGACAUCUACGACCAUAUUGCCGAGUUCAGCGGUGAUCAACAUGGCUCGCGCUUCAUUCAAACCAAGCUCGAGACUGCAAACUCUGACGAGAAAGAUCGCGUGUUUCGAGAGAUCGAGCCCAACGCGAUCCCUCUCAUGACUGAUGUCUUCGGGAACUAUGUGAUCCAGAAGUUCUUCGAGCACGGCGACAUGUCGCACAAGAAGAUUCUGGCAAAGAAGAUGCAAGGUCAAGUUUACUCGCUCAGCAAGCAAAUGUAUGGGUGCCGCGUUGUGCAGAAGGCGCUUGAUCACGUUCUCGUCGACCAACAGCAACAGCUUGUGGCAGAACUCAAAGGCCACGUCCUCGACUGUGUCAAGGACCAGAAUGGCAACCAUGUCAUCCAGAAAGCGAUUGAGCGAUGCCACCCCAACACCAUCGCUUUCAUCAUCGAAGCUUUUGCGGGUCAGGUGCAGAGUCUAAGCAUACACGCUUACGGGUGUCGCGUCAUCCAGCGAUGCUUGGAGAAGUGCGACCUGCCGCAAAAGUCGAUGAUCAUGGCCGAACUGAUGAACAGCAUUCAUACCAUGAUCUCUGAUCAGUUUGGCAACUACGUGGUUCAGCACAUCGUCGCACAUGACGAAGGAGCGUGCAGACGGGAGGUCCUCGACAUCGUCAUGAACAAUCUGGAGGGAUACAGCAAGCACAAAUUUGCCAGCAAUGUCGUCGAGAAGUGUUUGGAGAAGUCUGGUGAGCAGUGGCGACACCAAGUCGUUAUGCGUCUGGUCCAAAAUAGCCAGAGACGCAUCGAAGGCGAGAGCCCUCUCGUGCUGAUGAUCAAGGACAACUUUGGCAAUUAUGUCAUUCAGAAACUUUUGGACACAUUGAACCAGCAAGAUUACAUGAUGUUUCAAGAGGUCAUUCAGCCAGCUGUUACACACGCCAAACGCACAGGCUGCGGCAAGCAAAUCAUGUCCAUCGAUAAGAGAAUGCACAAAUUUGAUCCUCCUCGCAAUGGCAGCAUGAGCAGCGCGACCGGCGGUGCGAUGGCCAAUGGCCGAGACAUCCGCCCGACAUAUGCACCACACUACGCGACGCCGCCCUUCCCAAGCAGCUACACAUCAGCAGCCAACACACCACCACCGCUUAUCGCGGACACGCCUCAAAGCUCGAUCGUUCCCAGCAUCAACGGCGAUGCCGUCGAAGGAGCCAUGAACAAGAGCCGACAGGGAAGCGACCAAUCAAAUGACCACACCGGCAUCCACCGGUGA